UCCCAGCAUGAAAACCGUCGUUGCAACAAUUCUCGUGCUUGUGAUGGGCGCAACCCACGCCUUCUCUGCCCCAGGGAAGCAUGGGUCCGCCCUCCGACCUGCUACGGAGGCAGAGGAACGGUCCCUUGCCCGAAUUAAGAGGACUGUGAAUGAUCAUGACCACAAUGACACCCGUGAGCAUGAAGUGGAAUCCCAUGGUCAUGGCAGCAACGAGACCCAAGUUCAGGACACUAUGGGACAUCAUGGCAAAAAAGACCAUCAUCAUUACGAUCUUGAACACGACAGUCAUGACGAUCAUGAUGAACACGACGAUCAUGACGAUCAUGAACACGACGAUCAUGACGAUCAUGAUGAACACGACGAUCAUGACGAUCAUGAUGAACACGACGAUCAUGACGAUCAUGAACACGACGAUCAUGACGAUCAUGAUGAACACAACGAUCAUGAUCAUCAUCAUGACGAUCAUGAUUAUCAUCAUGACGAUCAUGAUCAUCAUCAUUCUCAUGAUCCAUGGUCGUAUUAGCGAUGUGAUGACAGCAAGGAGGACGACAGGGAAGGUAACAGCGACAGUGAGAAUGUUGACUGAUCUAUUACACUGAUAUAAAACAUCUAUUUGUAUGUAUUCAUGCUAACAGAUCAAUGUAAUCACAGAAAUGAUAAUGGUGAAAAUAAUCACAGUAUCAAAAUUUAAUUUCCAAAUUUAUAGUGUUUAAAUACGCUAAUGAAAGAAAUGUGUAAAAAUAAAGGAAAAAUAAAUAAAUACAUAAGAUAAAUUAAAUUAGUAAAGGGUUAACUGAUACCUAAAUAAACUUACUUUUCCCCUUUCUCUGUUUCAUUCUAUAAACAAUGUAUAAACAGCCAUC